AAUUUUGCAAAGGAAGGGUUGUUCUUGAGGUUAAUGAUAGAAAGGUUUUGUAUAAAAAAAUAUUUGGAAGGCUUAGAUGCUAAGAUUAAAGAAACAACUACAAAAAAUAAAAAAUUUACAAAGAAUGAACUUAAAUCUAUUAGAGACAAACUUCCAGUAAGCAAUAAUGAUAUGAAGAAUCAAAAUUAUAUGAAUAUACAAGAUACCUUUAUAUGUUACGAUAUAAGGACAAAUAUUGCGUAUCUGAAUGAAAAAGAUGAAAAUUUACCGGAGAACAAUAUUAAUAAGAUAACCAUUAUACAAAAGACCUUGAAUAGCUGUAGAGAUAUUAAUGAAAUAAAUAGCAUUUUGAAAUUUAUACAAAAUGUGGGAGUAGAUCAGAUUAAAAAAAUCAAUAAUAACAUUCAACAAAAUCAAAAGAUUGAGACGAUCGAAUACUAUUUAGCACAGAAGUUCAUCAAUAGAUUAAAUGAACUCUCUAAGUAUCGUGAACAAAUUCUUAAAUAUUUCUUGUUAGAUCCUUUCUGGUGUUAUAUUGUUGAUUUUGGAAAAGCAGAUUCGAUUUGGAAUAAGAUAUAUGAAAGAUCUUUACUAGACCGAUUAAAAACCAAGUGCUUUCACCUAGACUUAUAUCAAAUAGAUGAUAUAAUUAGCAUUGUAGAUCAAGCAUACAAUGAUUAUAAUUUUAGUCAUGAACCACCUUCUAUAAAAAUAAAAUCUCUCAAUAAUAAACAAAAGAAAUGA